GGAAGCAAGUUGCUUGAAUCAGACACGACAUCCAGCUGCGCAGACUUCAGGAAAACCAUUCAGCAGACUUCAGCAGAGAUGGAUCAAAUGGCUUGGCUCUAAAAACCUUACCCAGAGCAGCAGUUUGCAGCGGCCAUUUCAAAGAAACCAUCACAAAGACAAGAGAAAGAUCAGAGAAGCACCCACUCCCAAGAUGCUGCCACCCUGCCUUCUGAGAAGAGCCAUCUUUACAGUUCCUUUAGUUUUUGUGGUUGUACUACUCUUCAUGGACCCUGUUAGAGCUGAUCAAGAAGCAGGAACAGCCAUACCAGCUGAAAGCCGUCCCUGUGUUGAUUGCCAUGCAUUUGAGUUCAUGCAGAGGGCUCUGCAGGAUUUAAAGAAGACAGCAUAUAACCUAGACACGCGGACAGAAACUCUGCUUCUUCAGGUGGAAAAGAGAAAUCUGUGUGACUGUGUAGCUGCCAAUCUACUGAACUGAAUCUUGGAGGCCACCAAGGAGAGUCACCUGUUCAUCAGUUUUUAAAAUGCAGCUGUAUAAAAUACAGCUUUAUGGAAUUCAUGUUGCAAGCAUGUAUGCCCCAAUGUACUGAUGAAAUUGGGGGCCUGUGUCUUAUGUAUUUGUCUGCUGUGUAUAUUUUUAAAAAGUACCCUCUUUUUUUCACACUUGCUGGAUUGCCAGUAAUGUCUCAAUUCAAUAAAUCUAUUACUUAAUAUUAGAGUGGGGGGAAAAUGUACCUGCUUUGAUUUUUAAAUCAGAGUUUGCCAAGUGUAACCCACAGGAUAAAUUUGGCCAACAGUGCUGUAGAGACACUUGCAGCUGUUUUUUGUCUCCAAUAUGAACAUAUCUCUGUGGUAACUUACCCAGUUAUAUUGAGACAGGACACUGUGGUCUCUGUAGGCUUUGCUUGUGUAUUAAAGAUGAUAGAAGUCCUUUC